CACCGCGCCGGCGUUGCGGGAACGGCCGGUGCCCUGUGCAGCGGGAGCGCACACCCGCUUCCAGCGCUGGGGGACCCUCUCCAGGGCUCUGCGCCCUCAGCGGGAUGCCGCCGCGCCCGGCUGCGUUACCGACCCGUCUCCUUCACCUCAGCCCGGCGCAGUGAGCGGGACUGGGCGCCCCCGGACCCUGCUCCUUCCAGCCAGCCAGCGCGGUGGGUCUGGGCGCCCCUCGGACGCCGCCGAGCCCGGUGAGCGGGUCUGGGCGCCCCCUUUGCUGGCGCAGCUCGCAGAAGGGGACGUGGCUGCCUCCCCGCCCGGGCGCAGAUGUCGGUCUUCAGGUGCAGCAGCGGCGGCUGUCAGGGGCGGCCGCAGAGGCGGGAUCGGAAAGCAACAUCUUUGGAUUAUGCACACCAGAACUGGAUACAGUAUUCCAGCAACAGUCACAGCAGUGCCAAAUACAGAGGUGAAAUAACCCCUACUUCUACUCAAGAUUCCCUUGUUUAUACAUGCAAGGAUCGCAUUCGCCCUUUCGGCCACAGCAUUGCACUGGGAGCUCCUGUUCAUCUGAGUUCCCACCACGACCCCCAAAUCUUUUUCGGUCGCUGCUUCCCAGGAUAGAGUCCCCCAUUCUUCUGUAUGACUAAUUGUCCUACACUGAUUGUCAUGGUGGGCCUCCCAGCCAGAGGGAAAACAUACAUCUCCAAGAAACUGACACGCUACUUAAACUGGAUUGGAGUGCCUACAAAAGAAUUUAAUGUUGGUCAGUACCGUCGAGAUUUGGUAAAAACAUACAAAUCCUUUGAGUUCUUCUUGCCAGACAAUGAAGAGGGCUUGAAAAUCAGAAAACAGUGUGCCUUAGCAGCGCUGAAUGAUGUCCAGCAGUACCUCAGUGAAGAAAACGGACAUGUGGCUGUUUUUGAUGCUACAAACACAACACGAGAACGCAGAGAAACAAUCUUCAGAUUUGGUGAGGAGAAUGGCUAUAAGACCUUCUUUGUUGAAUCAGUAUGCGUAGAUCCAGAGGUCAUUGCUGCAAACAUUGUGCAAGUGAAACUUGGCAGUCCUGAUUAUGUUGAUUGUAGUAAUGAUGAAGCUACAGAAGACUUCAUGAAAAGAAUAGAGUGCUACAAGAACACAUAUGAGAUGCUAGAUGAAACUCUGGACAAGGAUCUUUCCUAUAUUAAAAUCAUGGAUGUUGGAAGGAGUUACCUUGUGAAUAGAGUAAUGGACCAUAUUCAAAGCCGGAUCGUCUACUACCUCAUGAAUAUCCAUGUAACUCCUCGCUCGAUCUACCUCUGUCGACAUGGAGAAAGUGAGCUGAAUCUGAAAGGGAGGAUAGGAGGAGACACUGGGCUGUCCUUUAGGGGGAAAGAGUUUGCCAAGAGCUUGGCGCAGUUCAUUAAUGAGCAAAACAUCAAGGAUCUGAAAGUUUGGACCAGUCAGAUGAAAAGGACAAUUCAGACUGCAGAGGCUUUGGGAGUGCCUUAUGAACAGUGGAAGGUUUUGAAUGAAAUAGAUGCAGGAGUCUGUGAAGAAAUGACAUAUGAAGAAAUUCAGGAAAACUAUCCUCUUGAAUUUGCCUUGAGAGACCAAGACAAAUACAGAUACAGAUACCCUAAGGGAGAGUCAUAUGAAGAUCUCGUUCAGAGAUUAGAGCCCGUAAUUAUGGAGCUGGAAAGGCAGGAAAAUGUGCUUGUUAUAUGUCACCAAGCAGUUAUGCGCUGUCUGCUUGCUUACUUUCUGGACAAGACUGCAGAACAACUGCCUUAUCUCAAGUGCCCACUCCAUAGUGUCUUAAAGCUAACCCCAGUGGCUUAUGGUUGUAAGGUGGAAUCUAUAUUCCUGAACAUUGAAGCUGUAAACACACACAGAGAUAAACCAGAGAAUGUAGACAUUUCCAGACCUCCUGAGGAAGCCCUUGUAACAGUCCCUGCUCACCAGUGAACCUGUGUCCAGAUCAGCUAUCAAAUAAUGUAGGUGUGGAUCGCUCGAGAGAGGAAGCCUUGAGGACAGUACCUAAUCAUCUGUAACUGCCAUGGACCAUGACAACAUCCCCUGCCUGCUACAGAAGCACUAAGGAAAUAGCUCAGGUACAUGAGACUGGAGAAGACAUCCAAGGAGGUCAAGCAAUGUCACAUGCACGCACUCCCUCUGACUGUAAGGCUUUUAGAAUGUGAUUCAAUGACUUGUGGGAAAACCCACGAUUCUGGAGGACUCUUAAUACUGAAAGUUGAAAUGUGCAAGACUGGAAAUAGUUAUGGGAAACCCAGUGAAGUUGCUAUUAAUUUUUCUUCUGUGAAUAUGCAGUUUUUCAACUGUUUUUAUUCUUCACCUGUGGAUCAUGCAAGAUUGUUAAUUGCUCUUCUCGGCUUACUGUCAAGUUUUAACUGAACUUUUACUUUUUUCAAUAAUUGCUUUUCUAAGAGUACCUCUUAUUUUUACUGUGAAUGACUGCCUAGAGUUACAUGACUUUUUUUUAGUGUGUGUGUAUUUUUUUUUUUAAUGUGAAAUUCUGCAUUUAAUGCAUUGGAGGCUCCAUUUGAUACAAAACCACUUCAUACUGGAAGCUUCUCAAGUACUCUUUUUUCAUCCUCUAUCGAUGUUUGAGCAUAGUUCAGGUGUUGCAAAGCACCGUGUAUGUGUGUCUUUUGAAAUGGGGAUGCUUUCCCCUUUGCCAAGAAAAAUAUUUGAUUAUAUAUAUUAAAUUAUAUUAUAUUGACAGCGAGAGAGGCUUUGCUAUCACAGUAAGUUUCUUUAUCUUCUCCAUGCAAAAUGGCAUUUUGUACCAUGGUGAGGGUACACUAUUAUACAGUUGAUUGUUAUGGAAGGAUGGUUUUAAGUACAGAUAGCUGGCUUGUUAAUAGUCUAAUUACCCUAGAAAGAGAUUAUAAAGGGUAAGAUGACAGAUAUCUUUCAGAAUAUCUGUACUAUCCAGGUUAAGCAGCCUUUCCAGGAGAGGACACAUCUUCCACAUUCAGGGUGAAAUAUACUCCCAUGCAGUGGGCCCUCAGAAGACCCAAUGCAUCACUUUAAUGCAGUAAAACUUCAAUGUAAACCCUAAAUGGGCUCUAAUAGAGUGAAUUUCACCCUAAAAGUAUAAGGUUUUCUAUGUGGGAGCAUUAAGUAAAUAGAGGAGGAGAAUGUUAAAAUAGGAUUUUAGCCUCCGGAGAAUUGUAUAAGUACAAAAACCCUUGAGUGAAUUUGGAAAUUGAUUUUUUUUAAAAUGUCAUCUCUGUAUUUUGUUUUUAAAAUCUUUUUUAACUUUCUGUGAAAUUGCAAAUGCAUUUAUGUCCAAUGCUAAAAAGUGGUAGAAUUUUCUAUGCAUGUCAAUGCCACUCACUACCUUCCUUGUUCCAAGCCAAUAUAUAUAUAUAGUGUACAUGUGUUGCUGGAUGAUAGGAUUUAGUUAGCAAUACCUAAUUGUUAAUGAAAUGAAGAAAGCUGCCAUUAGUUAUUGGAGUAUCUUUUUGAUGUUUGUAUUAUUGGGUCGUUAAUUCAACUCUUGCAUUUAUCCGUUAAUACGUUUAGUUGAAUUUCAGUGUAGAGAACUGGGUUCUGUCCAAGUAGCUUGCAGGCAGGGGCUAAAUUGUUUUUUGUUUUAUGCAGGGCAGGGGACUCUAAUAUGUGCUGCUGUUGUGAUUUGUUUUAUUAAGCUAGUCUUAGCAAUAUAGUCAAUGUACUGGAAGUAAGCCAUAUAGCUAGAUUUCAUUUCAGAAAACAAAUGCAUAGGAUAUCAAAAACACUCGCUUGGAACCUUAGCAUCAAAAGCUUUUUGUCUGUAAUCCAUGCAACCAGUAAUAUGCAUUUAAAAGUAAAUAAUAUAUUUAUUUAGAUGUAUUAAUUGUUAUUGUCUAAGGUUAGAGCACAAAGCACUGCUAAGACAUUUAUUGAUGCACAGCAAAACAAACCCUAAAGAUGCUUAUAUUGGAGAGGGAAGAGAUGCUAUAUAGUGGGUUCCCUUCUGAUCACCUAUUUGUUCAUAGUUCAGAAGAACAGACCUAUCCUCUACUGUGCCCUGUUUCCUCUGGAUCUGGGCCACACGAUCUACAGUAGGGAUUAUUUAUGUUUAAUGAUGGUAAAUUGAGGAAGUCUAGCUUUUAUCCAUAGUUAUCCAAGGCAGAUUCCCAAAUAUUAUUUUCUUAAUGUGCUUUGAAAAGCAGAGGUUUACCAAGACAGAGUUUGGACUACUGUAGUUUUGAGCUUGGUUCUAGCAAAGGAAGCAUGGUUAUAAAAGGGAAAUGUUUCCCUAUAUGAGUUUUUAAUCUCAGAACUUUCAAAGGUGCUGUAAAAUUCUAUAUGGCUAAAUGUUUUAUGUAUAGUAGAUAUUUUUAUAGACUGCUUUUAAAUAUACUGUGAUCAGAGUGGUUGCUCAUUUGCAGGAUGGAUAUACUGUAUAGUAAAAAAUCAUUGUACACAAGUGUGAAUAAAUUGUAUGUCAGUACUUGAAAAUAAAAAGGAGAAUCUGAAGCUGUCAGUUCUAUUUUAAUUUACAAAUAAUGUCAUUGACUGCAUCUUAGUUAGUAAAAAACAAAAAAUACCAGAAUGCAAAAAUAAGUAAAUGAUCACCCCUAUCUCACCUGGAAAAAUUGAGAGUUCUGGAAAUAUAUUGCAAGAAUUACUCCUUACUAUCUAAAAGCGGUAUACAUAUUCCCAUCUGGUUUGGAAAAGUGAGUCAUCAUCCAGAGGGGUUAAUUUCUAAGCAUGGCCUAGUAUGUUUGUUUUAUGUUGCAAUGAUUGGAUGGGAUUAAACUAACCUUUCUGACAUGACUGGCCUUCAGCUUAAUCUUCUAGGCAAAAUGAAUCUCGUGUGAUCUUUGAGCCAAGUAAUAAAGAUCAAACAUUAAAACUCAAGAUAUGUGUUUCUUUCCUUGUCCCCUUAAACCAGUUAUGCUACAGUAACAUUUAGAGUUGUGUAAAUAUCUCCUCAGGUCAACACACUUUAUGAAUUUGUCCACUGUGGAAGGCUGUGAAAUACAUUUUGUGAAAAGUAUCUCAGGUGGAGAGAGGUGUGAGAGUAAAGGUUAAGUUCAUUUCAUCAUCAUCUGCUGCUGCAAAAAGAGGAUUUGUGACAUUCUAAAACAGGACAACUUUGGUUUCUUUUUAAAAAAGAUUAAUUCUCAUCUACCUGAUAGUCUUCAGUACCAGUAGCUGCAAAUUAUACAUGAGAAGGCAAAACUUAACAGUGGUCAUUUGUCUAGACUGGGGGUUCUCAAACUUGUUCAUAUCGAGAAGCACUGCUUACUGUGUUGUGACCACCUCUCCCAUUCACACCUCCUCUUUGGAAAGUACUGAUCGCUACUAGCUUUAGUCCCUCUUGGUGGCAUAUUAUCUACCCCAGCAAUUGCUAUACCCUUCUCCUCAAAUGUAGUAACAUUCUUUAUUAGAGGUAACUCAUUUCCAAAUGCCUUUUUUAAAAAGGCCUUGAGACUCCUCUUUGCAGUGAAUUGUAUGGACACAUUUAGCAGCAGCUGGAACUAAGAACACCAGUCAUCUCUCCAGACCAGUUUGGGAACCAGAUAGAAAAUAACUGCAAUCUUCCAUAAGGGGGCCUACAUGCACAGUGAUUACAGGAAAGAAGCAGAUACACAUUUUCCCUUCUUGAAGGCCUAUCCCCAAAGGAUGUUGCAUUGUGUUGAGAGCCUGAUUUGAAACUGUAUUUGUUAGCAUGCAUCUCUACCAUUCUGAAGCAUCCGUAGGCACACCAAUCUCAAAUAUAAAGAACAAGAGUGUAGCCAGAUGUUAUUGAACUGUGAAAAGUUCACAUGUGGUUAUAACCUAAGUGGAAGCAUGGCUUUGUUUUAACAUCAGUUGUGCUGAAACACAUGGAGCCACAGAUGUUCUAUUUGAAGGACAUAGGUUGCUAUUCCAUAUAAAUCACCAGCUGGCAGUUCAAUGGAAAUGUUCCAUCUCUGAAAGGCCAGCACUCAUGAAAAGUGUUGAUUGUGAGUUGAAUCUUACAACUUGGUGUGUACUAUUCCUUUGGGAAGAGCAGAUGUAAGUUCUGUGAGUGUGCAGGGGAACAGAGGCUGAGCAUUCCUGAGGGACACUUUGACAGCCCAGUGGAUGGCAUGGGCCUGUUGCUACCUGUACAGAGUGGGAGGCCAAGAAGGCAGUGCUUGUGUUGCCAGAGGGUAAUGAUUUUCGGGAGCUGAUCCACAGCAGACAGAGACAAGACUUCCUCACACUAAGGGCAGCAACACAUACCAAGGAAGGCACACUGAACAGCUGCCAACAACCCUGUUACUGACCUAUACGGACAUGAUUAGAGCAGAUAUUUCACAAGAUGACUGGAAAUUCUUUUUCUCCCUUGGGGAAAGAGGUGACAGUUUGAUCUCAGCAGUACCAGGCAAUGGAGUUACACCAUAUUUACCCAAUUGCAUUUGAGAUCAGAAUGUAGCCCACAAGGUCUAAACACAGUUUGAAGAAUUUGGACAUCUGCAAGCUCAUUUCUGACUUGAAGUUACAGCCCAGGAAGCAGUGUCUCUCUCCUUAUUUCCUAGAGACGGCAGCAGCAGAGAGCUUUAGCUGCAGUGCUUUUCACAAAGAAGUCAACAGAAAUAAACACAGCCUCAAGGGACCUCUAAAUCUCCAUUACCACCAACAUAAAGUCAAACUGUCUCAGUCUGAAUACGGUGCUUGGCAAUAACUAAUGUGAAACAAAGACACUUCUGUGUAAUGUAAAUAAUUAUUUCAUUAUUCUUGUUGCCAAGGAGAAAACACGAGAAAACAAUUAUAGAUUCAUCUCAAGUACUUGCUGAAUUCCAUCUUAAACAUUUGAUUUUAUUCCAAGGGUAUUAAUAAAGAACUGUUCCUUGUAUAUGUCCUGGUUGUAGGUUAAUCACAGAAUCCACUAAUACAUCACAAGAAAUAUACCAAGUGUCAAGGGCCCCAUAUCAGAGGUGCUCACUACUCACCUAUAAAUAAUGCCUUUGCUAUGAAGAAAUUGUAAACCGCAUACUAUUUCAGCUCCAUAAAACCUGAAAUAGAGCAACAACACUUCAAACUGGCUUCCUUAGUUAAACAAGACAUUUACUACAUUGUGAACACAACUAAGAAAACCAGUUUUUUUAUGAAAGAUGAAUAGUACUGUAAGUUUACAUAACCAUUAUGGGGGAGGGAGGGGAAAAUCCCAUGUAUUUAGUUUUUGCAUCAUUACCCUGUAUAGCUUGUAAUAUGGACGUAAUGCAGUAUUGAAUACUGUUACUUGUGAAUUACUGUAUGUAAUAAAACUGCAGUUAAAAUUAA